UCCUCCCCGCCGCCCCAGGUGGGGAAGCUGUCUUGCGCAAGGAAGCACUUCUGAGCCCGGGAGACCUGCCCUGUCUCUGGCUUUUCAGCCAUGAAGAUCGCGCCCCCCUUAGCGGGAAGGCAAGUACCCCGGUGAGGGCAGCGAGGGCUUCCAGAUUCCCUCCACCCACCUAGAAAAGGCCUCCUCUCCUGGAGGACCUGGAUUUUGGAAAGGAGGAUCCGGCAGGUUUGAUGAUUAACCAGUUCUGAAAUGGCUGAAAAAGAUGGGGGCCUGAAACGACGCAACUGGACUUCGCCUAAGGUGGUGGCUGUAGUAGCCAGCGGCUUCCUUCUCUUGGCUGCGAUCGGAGUUGGGAGCUGGGCUAUAGUGGUUUCUGUGCUCAGAAGUGAAGGUGAAAGCCUGUAUGUUGUCCAGGUGAGCUCUGGCGACCUGCGCCUCACUGUGUACGAUGAGAAUGAAGGGAGGUGGAGGCUGCUCUGUUCGUCGUCCUCCGAUGCCCAAGUGGCCACCCUCAGUUGCGAGGAGAUGGGAUUUGUCAGGUCUCUCUCCCAUUCAGUUCUGGCUGCUGACAGAGCAGGGGCCAAUGGGACGUCGGGCUAUUUCUGCGUGGACGAGUCUCGCCUACCUUUUGCGCGAAGGCUGAGCGAGGCCAUUGUGGUGUGUGAAUGCCCGACAGGCCGAUUCCUGGCAACGCUAUGCCAAGACUGUGGACGUAGAAAGUUGUCCAUGGACCGCAUUGUGGGAGGCCAGGACGCCAGCUUGGGCAAAUGGCCGUGGCAAGUCAGCCUGCGCUAUGAUGGGACGCACCUUUGCGGUGGCUCCAUCAUCUCCAAUGAGUGGGUUAUCACGGCUGCACACUGCUUCCCAGAGAGGAAUCGAGCACCGAGCAGGUGGCGGGUGUUUGUGGGGGCCGUUUCCCAGCGCUCUGCUAAGGGGCUGCAGGUGGGUGUGACAAGCGUCGUGUACCACGGUGGGUACCAGCCCUUCCUGGAUCCCAACAGUGAGGAGAACAGCAACGACAUUGCCCUGAUGCACUUGGCAACGCCCCUUUCCUUUAACGAAUAUAUCCAGCCCAUCUGCCUGCCAGCUUUGGGCCAGCCUUUGGUGGAUGGCAAGAUCUGUAUCGUUACUGGCUGGGGCAACACCCAGUACUAUGGGCAACAGUCUGACGUGCUGCAAGAAGCCAGCGUGCCCAUCAUCAGCACCAGUGUCUGCAACAGCCCCGACUACUAUGGCAGCCAGAUCAGGCCCAGGAUGUUCUGCGCUGGCUUUGCUGCUGGCGGAACAGAUGCCUGCCAGGGCGACAGCGGCGGCCCCUUUGUGUGUGAGGAUGGCAUCUCUCGGACUUCCCGCUGGAGGCUCUGUGGCAUUGUGAGCUGGGGCACUGGUUGCGCCCUGGCCAAUAAACCAGGGGUCUACACAAAGGUCAAUGACUUUCAAGGGUGGAUCUAUCGUGCCAUGAAGACUCACUCCCAUGCCAGUGGAAUGGUGAUCCAGGACUGAAGCCCCGGAAGAGGGAUGCUGAGCCGCCUCCGCCUCGCCAACCUCCCCCCCUUCCAGUGUGAGACUGCUGCUUUAAACAAAAUGGGGGCGGGGGCAGAAAUGACAUUUUACAGAGAACAAACAUUGUCCCAUCCAACUGUGUGCUCUGGCAUAGCCUUGUGGAAUAGGGCAGGGGAGCCCUUCUACACUGUGCAGUCACAGCUCCUCGCUGGCCCUUUAAACAUCUGCCAAUACGAUGCCUUUGCUUUGCCAGCCUUUCAAAGGGGUGCUUCUGGUUCUUUAAUGGCCCAUCUAGGAAUGAGGGCCAGUCUUGCUUCCCAGGACACCUGCGACUGGCUAAUCUGUGGUUGCUUUGGUGUGGCUCAUUACCCAGAUCACACGAACGUGAGACCCUAUCACUUUAAAGUAUUGAAUUCUGGCAGGUCAAGAAUUUCAAAAGCUAAGGCCCAGUCCUUGGAAGUUUUUCCCAGCUGUGAACAAGGGCAGAAGCUGCAUUUAAAGGGAAACCCCCACAGCAACUUCUCACACUACCCCAGUAUACACUCAGGAUGGAUGAAACCACCAUGAUUUCUGACUUGAAGCUGGGGUGUCCUGAUUGUCCUGAUUUCAAGGCUUGGUCUCCCCCUCCCAGUUCCACCCCAGCAGCGGAUCCUGCCUCCCUGCCCCUUGCAACGUGGCAGCCAGCUACGAGCUUGGCAGUGCGGCUUGAUGAUGUCAUUUCCCAGGAUGCCGCUGGAAGCUGAGACACACACACACAGAGACAGAGAGGCGGAGCAUGGUCUUAAAAGGGCUGUGGUGCAGAUUGGAGCCAGCAGCAGUGGGGGAGAGUCGUGAGCUGCUAGCAGGGUGGGGAAGAGGUCAGUGGGAAAAGGAAGGCAGGCUUGGUGCCCGGGGCUAGGGUCCCGCCCAGUAACUUGCGAGGUGCCAGCAGUGCCUCUGAGCAUGUACAGAAUGCAGACAAGCAUAUUUUGACCCCUCCUCCCACUCCCCCCCCAGCCAGAAACACCUUGCAUUCCUCAGAUGAAAAUGCCCUGAUUUCCAUCUGGGGAAUAUCGGAGGGUAUGCCCCAAGCCUUGUUCUGUGGACCUUUGGCUCUCAGGUGAUUUUGUCAGGUGAUUUCUCUAGGUCAUUGGUCUCCAAAUGGUAGGUUGCACCCUAAGAUGGGAUUGGUUGUGCAAGUGAUACCACCACCAUUUUCGUAUAUUUUUUUAAAAAAUUGUUCAGGGGUUUUAAAGAGCAAAUGUCGUAAGACAGACUUGGAGAGCAUAUGUGUUGUGUUAUACCAUGAAUAACAGAACUUACCACAGGGGAGACGGGGGAAACAGUUGAACCGACGACAGGAAGUCUUGAGGAGGAGAUACUCCUUUACUGCAGUUUGCUAAGGGCAAAUUUGGAACACAAUAGAAGCAGACCCAUGCAGAGGGGGUAGGGCGUUGGGUUCCCUUGCCCUGGGUCUCAGAGGGCUAAGCCAGCCAGUGCCACCCCCCUCCCCCUGCCAGGGACCGGCUGCUGUUUUAUUUGAGUUUAUGACUCAAGACUUCCGCCCCAGGCCUCAGACAUGGGCCUGAGUAAAAGAGUUUACUUCCACUUACCUGAAGUUUGCAACCAUUUUUAGGGAAACUGACAGGACCAAUAGAAAGCGGGCCCACAUUUUAUAUAGGGCAAAAUAUCAAUAUCUGACCCAAAGAGCCUCAUUUGGAGUCCAGGGAGGAUAUUACUGAGGGUUGGAUACCUUCCGCCAGUCUCCCGUUUCCCUUCUGGAUGGGAAGAUGUCAGGAAGGAUUGACCAGCUGUUCUGUGCAUUUUCCAUCUGUCCUUUUAACAAAAUUGAGUACCGUACAUUUUGAGGAGGGCUUUAUUAGGGUACUUUUAGCCCUCCAGUACAGACUUAAGAGUUAUGUUUGUAUCUUCCAUUGAGGAUCUGUUGCUGCCCCCACUCUAGCAUUGUUCACAGGUGAAAAUAGCCACCAAUAAUGUUGAAUCUGAUGGUUUUCCUCCAUCACAUGCACACUGUGGACUUGGAAAAAAGCCUAGCACAGAUGUAUGCACUGGGAAAUUAAGAACUAGAAGCUGCUUCAGUUUCGUAUUAGAAGUUCCAUUAAGGAUUAUUUUGGGUCUGCACACAAGUGAUACACCGGCCUUCCCAAAUGUGAUAACCUCCAUAAGCUUUGGACUACAUUUCCCACCAUGCCUGACCCAAUGGCCCUGGUGGCUGAUGGGAGUUGUAGUCUAGUCCAAUGCAUCUGCAGAGCACCAGCUUGAGGAAAGCUGUUGGAAUCAAAGGGUAACUUCUCACUUUCUUGACAUUCCGAUAAAUGUACAAGCACCCAGCUGUUCGAAAGCAACUGUACAGCUUUAGCACAGCCAUGCACACACUCACACUUAUUGAUUUGGUGGUAAUUUGUAAGUUACUGGCUGGGCUGAUCAGAUACAUUUGAUGCCGUGAUCAAAAAAGAAGAAGCUGAAAUAAAAACAUGUGGUUUGCCUGUCAUAGAAUCGUAGCAAUGCAGAGUUAGAUUGUCACCUAAUUCAACUCUCUGCAAUGCAGGAAUCCUGUUCACUGCCAUCUCUGGGUGGGCUUGAACCACCAACCUUCUGGUUGACAGCCAGAUGCACUAACCCAUUGCGUCACUGGAGCAUAUGAAGAAGCCCUGCUGGCUCAGGUCAAGGGCCAAUCUUAUCCAGCCUUUUUCUCUCUCACGGUGGGCACACAGCUGCCUGUGGGAAGCCCAUGUGCAAGGCCUGAGGGCAAUGGUGCUCUCCACACUUGUGAUUCUCAGUAGCUGUUAUUCAGAGGCGUGCUGCUGCCUUCAGCAGUGGAGGAGCACAGCCAUUGUGGCCUUAUCCUCCACAGAGUUGCCUACAUACAGUAAUAACCCAUCUGGGGCCAGGAAGUAUCCCAGAACAAUCUUCUAUUAUGUCUUCUGAUACUGUAAAUAGAUAACUAUGUUGGGUCUCCUCUGUCUUUUGGGACCAUGGAUCAGUUCACUUAGCUUGUAUAUAUUUGUGUAAUUAUGACAAUUACAGUAAAUAAAACCUGUUUUGAUUAUA